AUGGAGGAUAAUAUUGGAUGCCAGAAACCACGACUGACAUGUGGAUGUUGCUGUCGAUUAUACCGAGUCCGUGGUGGCUCCGCGAGGGCCCGCACCAGCGCACUGCUCGGCGGAAUUGUGCAUGCGUGCGAGGGCAUCCGUACCAGAUUCCGACACCCAACCACGGCGGGGGCAACGCGCAGCCCGAUGCAACAAUUCAAGAUUGACACAUGCGCAUGA